AGAAUGGGUUGUUGAAAAUUUGGCUCUAGAUUCUGACAUUUAGUUUGGUUGACUGUACGUUGACACCGAAAGUUUCCUACCCCAAUUUCUAUGGAUCAAAAGUGGACACAUCUUAUUAUCUUGGAGGUUCAGUUCUCCAUUUGCAUUUUGUCCUGUUUAAUUGUACAGAAUUUGCAUCAACCUCGUUUCCCACUGUAAAUGGCACCUACAGCUUCAUCACCAGAUGAACAGGUUGUUAUUGGAGAAGAGAUGGAUCAUGUAAGGUUGAUCACUUUGAACCGACCUAAGCAAUUGAAUGCUAUCUCACCUGAACUGGUUUCUCUGCUGGCAUCAUAUUUGGAAAAGUGGGAGAUAGAUGACAAAGCAGAACUAAUCAUCAUAAAGGGUGCUGGUAGGGCUUUUUGUGCCGGAGGUGAUUUGAGAGUAUUCUAUGAUGGCAAGAAAAAGAAGGAUUCAUGCCUUGAAGUGGUCUAUAGAUAUUAUUGGCUUUGCUAUCACAUUGAGACCUACAAGAAAACCCAGGUUGCUCUUGUUCAUGGAAUUUCAAUGGGUGGAGGUGCAGCUUUGAUGGUCCCUAUGAAAUUCUCAGUUGUUACUGAAAAAACUGUUUUUGCCACUCCUGAAGCAAGUUUUGGAUUUCAUACUGAUUGUGGUUUCUCUUACCGCCAUUCUCGCUUACCGGGUCAUUUAGGUGAAUUCUUGGCACUCACUGGAGCACGGUUGAAUGGGAAGGAAUUAGUUGCAGCAGGAUUGGCAACUCAUUUUGUCUCUUCUGAGAAAAUUGUGGAACUUGAGAAGCGCCUGAUUAGCCUAAAUUCCGGUGAUGAGAAUGCUGUAAGAUCAGUGAUUGAAGAAUUUUCUUCAGAAGUCAAACCUGAUGAAGACAGUAUCUUAAACAAGCAGUCAGUAAUUGAUGAAUGCUUCUCUAAAAAUUCCAUUGAAGAAAUAAUAAAAUCUUUGGAAGCUGAAGCACAAAAAGAAGGAAAUGAAUGGAUAGCUACAGCUUUGAAAGGAAUGAAAAGAACAUCACCGACCGCAUUGAAAAUAGUAUUAAGAUCGGUUCGCGAAGGAAGGAAUGAAACACUGUCUGAAUGUCUAAAAAGGGAAUUUAGAUUAACAAUGAAUAUACUAAGAAGCACAAUAUCUGAGGAUAUGUAUGAGGGUAUUAGAGCUCUCACAGUAGAUAAGGAUAAUGCUCCAAAGUGGGAUCCUCCGUCCCUAGACAAAGUAGAUGAUGAAAAGUUGGACUUGGUUUUCCAACCAUUUGAAAAGAAUUUGGAGUUGCAGAUUCCAGAAAGUGAGGCGUGCAGGUGGGCCGGUAAAUAUGAGAAUUCAGCUUAUGCGGUUCCAAAUUGAGCAAUAUAAAAAGGCUUGGGUGUUGCUUGUCUCUGAGUUGGAUGCUACUUCUUUAAAUACUACUCAAAAAGAUUGUCAUGAAUUUUUCUACCUUCUUAGCUUGGAUAUAAAUAAGCUACUGUUUGAUGUGCUGAA